CCUAAAUCAUAGUUUUAGAUGAAUUCAGAUAUAUUAUAUAAUCCAUACUACUCAACUGCAUAUUAUUUCCCAUAGUUUCUAAACUAUUAAUAGCAAUACGUUCAUUAAAGUAACUAAUAGUUUAAAUUAGCAUAAAGUGAUAUUUUAAUAAUAGAAUGUUCCAAUGCAAUUACCAUAAUUUUAAUAUGAUUCAUGUGUAUAGCCAAUCAAUUUCUUCACUAAUUAUCAAUAUGAGGCACCUGAAAUUAAAAAUACCAAUUAAAAUGAUCAUAUAACUGAAGUAAAGUUAGGAAUUUAAGAAAAAGGCCCAUUAAGUGAAGAAGACUCUUAAACACGAGCUAAUGGUAACAAUUAUUAUAAUUGAAAGGCCAUUGGACACAAUAAGAACAUUAAUUAUACCUUGAAUUUGUGAAGAGUCACGAAUCUAUAUUAAAAUCCAAAUAUGAUAAAAAAUCUAAGAAAAUUUUCAAACUCAUGAGUUCAUACAUACCAACAAGAACAGCAACUUAAUGUAGGUCUCAUCAUUAAAAGUUUAAUCCUUUAAAUAAAGGAAAGAAGAAAUUAAAAUAAUUAUUCCGAUAGAUUCCUACUGUAAUUCUUCCACAUAGUUGACUUCUUUGACUCUAUUAUAAAUUUUAAUUCAUUCA